UUGAGCCAACCAUCAUGACUUGGUUGGUCCAUGACUUCUCCAUUUAUACUACAAGGAUCUUUCUUCCAAACUCAUUGGAGAAUAUUAUAAAUAAUUUCACUUUUCAUUAUUCACUUGUUUCCACUUUUUCUUUUUUCCUUUUUCUUUUUUUUGUCAACUCAUCCAGAAGUGAGUGAGAGAAAUGGAGUAGACAAGUAGCACUUUCCCAUUAAAACCUCCAUCAAUCAAUCAAAUGCUCAUAUAAAUAAUUAGUAAAGAAAAUUACAUUAAUGUAAAGUUGCAGAAAUUAUGGUGCUUUCCCUUGACUUGUUCCUUUGCUUGCUUUCUUGUGAUUGUGCAGUCCAGUUACACUCAUGGUAAUGGGAAAUGUUAGUGGUAGAGAAGAUGGUGAAGGAGGUUCAGGAGCAAAGAAGAAUGGAAAUGAAGUGGAUAACGAGCAAUUUAAUUCAGACCCAAUGCUUCACUCCCCUCCACAUAGUCCUAAUGAGUCUUAUCAGCCUCCUUUCCUUUUCCCUCCACAGAUCCCUAUGUUUCCCUGGCUAAGAUCUGCUGAAAUGAUCCAAACUCAAACUCAAAAUGAUAUGUUAAUGCAAAACACUACGCGGUACGAAGAUAUCCGUAGUGAGAAUAACUUGCCAUGGGAAUACAACGAUUCAGGCAGAGCUCCGGAUUUACAGAUCUCUGAGGCUCCCUUGCUCAGACCUGGUCAAAUGAUGCAAAUCCGAAAUGAUCCACUGGUACAAAAGUCUACGCGCUACAAGGAUUUCCACCAAGAGCAGAAGAGAGCAGUGAUGAUAACAUGGUGUUUUGGUGGCAAGCGAGUAGCUAUUACUGGAUCAUGGGACAAUUGGAAGACCAUAGAACCCUUGCACUCUUUGGGUAAAGAUUUCAUUAUCAUGAAGAUGCUCCCAUUUGGUGUUUACCACUACCAAUUCAUUGUAGAUGAGCUGAGGAGAUAUGCUCCAAACUUACCGUGCGAAUUUGAUGAGUCUGGGAAUGCUUAUAACAUUUUGGAUUUGCAGGAGUUUGUUCCAGAAGCUCCUGAAAGCCUCUCAGAGUUCGAAUCUCCACCUUCCCCGAUAUCGAGCUAUGACAGUCAACCACUAAAUGAUGGUGAUUUCAGCAAGCCUCCACCUGAACUGCCUUCACAGCUUCGGACAAAGAUAUUAGAUGAGCAAUCACUUUUUGUUAGGAAUCCCCGGUCCUCGCGAAAGCCUUCUCAUACGCUCCUGAACCAUCUUUACAAGAAAGAUGGCUGUGAUGGUCAGUCUGUGGCGCUUUGCUCCACACAUAGAUUUCUUCAAAAAUAUGUGACUGUAGUACUAUACAAAUCCGUGCAUAGGUAAAUCAAAACUUUUGUAUCUUAAUGUUCUCAAUGCUGCUAGUUACUGUGUGAUAUUGUUGGCAUAAUGAAAAGGAAAAGGUGGAAAGGUUAUUUGCCAUA